AUGAAUAUCAUAAGUUGGAAUUGCCGUGGGCUUGGGAACCCGCGGGCCUUACAAUUCCUAGUUGACAUUUGUGUCAGUAAGAAACCCAAGUUCUUGUUCCUUUGUGAGACUUUGUGUAAAAAAGAUAUUGUGGAAAGGGUAAAAAUCAAAUUGGGCUUUGAAAGUUGUUUCUCUGUUGAAGCCCAAGGAAGAAAAGGAGGCCUUGCACUAUUUUGGAAGAUAUCAAGUGAAGCCCAUCUUUUAGGAUACUCCAACAAUCACAUUGAUAUGGAGAUUUCUAUCACUGGGUAUGCUAAAUGGAGGCUGACCGGCUUUUAUGGUGAACCCCAACGUUCACUCCGCGCAACAACUUGGAAUUUGCUCCGUGAUAUUGUCGCUGAGUCGACUCUCCCAUGGUGCGUAAUCGGAGAUUUCAACAACAUUACUUCCAACGGUGACGUUAAAGGAGGCCGCCCCUACCCCGACACCCUCAUCAACGGCUUCAAUCUUGCUCUUUGUGACUGCCGUCUUGAUGAAUUGGCUCUUGGUGGUUACCAGUACACUUGGGAGCGUGGAAGAGGAGGUCCUGCACAUGUUGAAAUCAGGUUAGAUAGAGCCUUUGCUACUCAUGAAUGGUUCUCUAUUUUUCUUGAAGCUAAGCUGUCCAAUUUUGAUUAUACUUCCUCUGAUCAUACACCCCUGCUGCUUGAACCCGACCCCACUAUAAAUUUCAGACCAGUCCGUUUGUUUCGUUAUGAGAACGCAUGGGGCCGUGAGGCUUUGUGUGGGCAGUUGGUUAAAAACUGCUGGGAUGAAAAUAUACAUGUUUCCCUUGCUGAAAAAAUUCAUAUGUGUAGUUUAAUUUUAACUGAAUGGGGAUAUGAAAUUACUGGAAGCUUUAAACAGAGAUUAAAUAAAAGCAAGAAAAAAAUGAGCCAUCUCAAGUCGGCUACUGGCCCUUUUUCUACUGAUGAUUUUUCUGCAGAACAAUGUAAUUACUUUGAGAUUUUAGCUCAACAAGAGAUUUAUUGGAAGCAGCGAUCAAAACAAUUUUGGCUACAUGCGGGUGACAAAAAUAGUAAAUACUUUCAUGCUACUGCAAGUGCUCGUAAACGUAGUAAUGAAAUUGUUCAAUUGCAAGACAGUGCUGGUAAUUGGAAGAACUGGUCUUCGGGGCUUGAUCAUGUUAUUGUUGACUAUUUUUCCUCUCUGUAUAAUGCCGAAGGCAUCACUUGUGAUACUGUUGUGAGGGGCAUCAAUUGCUCUGUGUCUAAUGUUCAUAAUGAGGCUCUUUUGCAACCGGUUACUCCUGAGGAAAUCAAGCAAGCUCUAUUUCAAAUGCAUCCUGACAAAGCACCAGGCCCUGAUGGCAUGGGUCCUGGCUUCUUUCAGCAGCAUUGGGAAACUGUUGGUCCUGAUAUUGUGCAACUUGUUACGAAUUUCUUUGUUACUGAGGAACUUCCACCAAGUAUAAAUGACACUCACCUCGUGCUGAUUCCUAAAAAGAAGAACUUUACUACUAUGGGUGAUCUGCGUCCUAUUGCCUUGUGUAAUGUCUCUUAUAAAAUUGUGGCCAAAGUUCUUGCAAACAGGAUGAGAGGCAUGAUUGAUCUUAUUAUCUCUCCCACACAGAGUGCCUUUAUACCUGGUAGACUUAUAUCUGACAACAUUAUGGUUGCUUUUGAAGUCAUGCAUUAUCUGAAGCGGAAAAGAAGAGGUAAAAAAGGCUUCAUGGCCUUGAAACUUGACAUGAGUAAGGCAUAUGAUCGUGUCGAGUGGGACUAUCUGAAAGCUGUUAUGGUCAAGAUGGGAUUUGCUAGUAAAUGGAUUAAUCUUAUUAUGAAGUGUGUUACCUCUGUCAGAUAUUCUGUGGUUCAUAAUGGUCAUAUCUUGGGGCCAAUUAUUCCUUCUCGUGGGAUUCGUCAAGGUGAUCCAUUGUCUACUUAUCUGUUUAUCAUUUGCGCUGAAGGUUUUUCAGCUUUAAUCAAGAGUUAUGAGGCUAACAGAAUCAUACAAGGCUGUCGCGUGGCUAAUGGGGCACCUUCUAUUACGCAUAUGCUCUUCGCUGAUGACAGUUAUCUUUUCUGCCAAGCCACAUCUGAUGCCGCUGGUAGUAUGAACAGACUUCUUCACACUUUUGAGCUUGCUUCGGGACAGCGUGUUAAUGUCACCAAGUCUUCCAUCUUUUUUAGUCCUAACACAGUAACUUCGGUUAAGGAGCAAAUCACUUCUAUUCUUGGAAUGGCCGAAGCAACUGCUGGUUCUUUCUAUCUGGGGCUUCCAAAUAUUAUUGGGAGGAAAAAAACGGUGAUUCUUGGCUUUCUCAAAAACAAAAUUGUUAACCGAAUCAACAGUUGGGAUGGUAAAUUUCUUUCUCGUGCUGGGAAAGAAAUUUUGCUUAAGACUGUCAUCCAAUCUCUCCCAACGUAUGCCAUGAGUGUUUUCCUUAUUCCUUUGGGUAUUUGCCAAGACAUUGAGAAAAUUAUGGCAAGCUUUUGGUGGAAAACAAAGAGUUCAAAUGGACAAGGUAUCAUCUGGAUGUCUUGGGAUCGUAUGGCCGCACCUAAAGACUCUGGGGGUAUGGGUUUUCGACAUCUCCAUGACUUUAAUCUUGCUAUGUUAGCCAAGCAAGGCUGGAGACUUCUCUACUCUCCUUCUUCUCUUGCUAGUCAGGUGUACAAAGCUAAAUACUACCCUCGUACUGAUUUUCUAAAUGCUGAAUUGGGUAAUAAUCCUAGUUUUGUCUGGCGUAGCAUUUGGAGUGCACAGCAUCUGGUUCGGCUAGGAGCUAGAAUCACUAUUGGUACUGGUCUUUCAACACAUAUCCUCAAGCAACCUUGGCUUCCUGACUCUGUCAACCCCUAUGUCUCUACUACAGGACCGGGUCUCGAUGGGUAUAUGGUAAGCUCUCUCUUUGAUGUCUCAACUCGAAGCUGGGAUGUCUCUCUUGUCCAGGAUAUGUUUAACACACGGGAUGCAGCUCUCAUCCUUGGAAUUCCUCUUAGCUCUACAGCUACUGAAGAUUGUUGGUCUUGGACUGGGGAUAGAACAGGCAGCUACACUGUCAAGUCUGCCUAUGCUAUGUUGCAACUUCAGAAGACUUCUCGGUCUGGGGAAAACAAUUCGGGAUUCUGGCACAAACUUUGGCACCUUAAAAUACCGCCAAAAGUGACAAAUUUCAUGUGGAGAGCAGUUUCUGAUGCUCUUCCUACAUGCCUCCAACUGGUUACUAAGUGUGUAAGUAUCUCUCCCACUUGCCCUGUUUGUCAACUACAUGCCGAAACACCUUCUCAUGUUCUUCUCAACUGCCCGCUUGCUCUAAGCUGCUGGCACAAGGUUGAUUUGAUUCCUUUAGCUGAUUCGCAAGGCACUAUUGGUCAUUGGCUUUAUAGUGUGUUUGCUAAUUAUGAUGAUGAUGUUAUUUGUCGUGUGGUUAUGAUCUGCUGGGCUCUUUGGAAAGCAAGAAACACCUUAGUUUGGGACAAAAAAGCUUCUUCUGCUACUCAAAUUCUCACUUCGGCUUGGGUUACUCUUGAUCAUUGGCGUAAAGCUCAAGACAAAACAUGUUUAUUAUCAUCCUCUCUUUUGCAUGAUGGUAGUAACAUUGAGCAAUGGAUUCCACCUGCUUCUAAUACGAUCAAGAUCAAUGUCGAUGGCGCUAUAUUUGAGAAGGAAAAUGCCUAUGGGUUUGGAGUGGUUGCACGUGAUUCAACCGGCCAAAUAAUUGAUUUUAUUGCUAAAUAUUACCAUGGGGAUUACAAGGCGGAGGUAGUUGAGGCUUUAGGGGUUAAGGAGGCCCUUAGUUGGAUCAAGAAUAAAGGGUGGAAUACAAUGGAGGUGGAAACUGACAGCUUACUCACUGUUCAAGCAAUUUUUAGUACACAACAAAUGUCUUCGGUAUUUGGUUUGGUUACUAAGGAUUGUAAAACUUUACUGUCUUCUUCACCAAAUACUAGUUUACGUUUUGUUAAACGAUCAGCAAAUCGAGUGGCACAUUUUGUGGCUAGACGCUCUCGAUUUUACUCUGAUCGUAGCAUUCUUGAGAAUAAUGUUCUAGCUGAUCUUCAAGCUAUUUUGUAA